ACACAUAUUUUUGUUCUCAGAAAUCAGCAUUCCUCCAUUUCAAAGUUGGAUGUUAGCGAAGACAACGAUCCAGGUCUUUCUAAGAUGGAUGUGGUCCUGACCUUUUCUCUAGAGGUGCAUGUGAUCGAAGUCAAGGGGCUGAAAUCUCUAGCACCCAGCAAGAUUGUCUACUGUACCAUGGAUGUGGAAGGUGGGGAGAAGCUGCAAACUGACCAGGCAGAAGCUUCAAAGCCUCAAUGGGACACACAAGGUGAUUUUGUGACAACUCACCCUCUUCCAGUUGUUAAAGUGAAGCUUUACACCGAGAGCUCUGGGAUGUUGAAGUUGGAGGAUAAGGAGUUAGGAAAGGUUGUGAUCAGACCAACGGCCAACAGUUCAAGGACCCCUGAGUGGUACCAUAUGCACAAGGCUAAGAACUUCCCUGAUGAUCUGCGCAUCAAAAUAGCUGUCCGUAUGGAUAAACCACAGAAUAUGAAACACUGUGGGUAUCUGUAUGCUUUGGGAAAGACGGUGUGGAAGAAGUGGAAAAAGAGAUACUUCGUCUUAGUCCAGGUUUCCCAAUACACAUUUGCGAUGUGUUCAUACAGGGAGAAGAAACCAGACCCCACAGAAAUGAUGCAGUUGGAGGGAUACACUGUUGACUACUGUGAACCCCAUCAAGAUUUAGAUGGAGGCAAAUACUUCUUCAAUUUAGUAAAAGAGGGAGACAGUUUAACCUUCGCCACAGAAGAUGAAUCAGAGCGCACACUGUGGGUUCAGGCAAUCUACCGUGCCACUGGCCAGACGCACAAGCCUGUCCCACCAGUCGUGCAGACCAACAAGAUUUCCAAUACUCAGAUCUCUCGGAUGCAAGGAGAUGCAGACAGAGCACGCAAGCAUGGGUUGGAUGAGUUUGUGAUUGCCAACCCCUGCAAUUUUGAACACCAUGAGCUGUUUAGCAUGCUGCAGACCUUAACCUUGGACUACAGGCUGAGUGAUGCCUACACUUGUUUAGGUUGGUUCAGCCCUGGGCAGGUGUUUGUCCUGGAUGAGUACUGCUCUCGCUAUGGUGUCCGAGGCUGCCACAGACACCUAUGCUACCUGAAUGACUUGCUGGAAAGGGCGGAGAAAGGAAUCCUCAUUGAUCCUACUCUGAUACAUUACAGCUUUGCCUUUUGUGCCUCACAUGUUCAUGGAAAUAGACCUGAUGGAAUUGGCACAGUACUGCAAGCAGAAAGGACCAUGUUCGAUGAGAUUAAAGAAAGAUUGAGAGUGCUUCUAGAAAACCAGAUUACUCAUUUUCGAUAUUGUUUUCCAUUUGGACGCCCAGAAGGAGCCCUGAAAGCAACACUGUCACUUCUAGAAAGGGUGCUAAUGAAGGACAUUGUCACUCCAGUGCCCCCAGAAGAAGUCAGGCAUGUUAUCAAGAAAUGUCUGGAAAAUGCCGCUUUAGUCAACUAUACCAGAAUAUCAGAAUAUGCAAAGAUCGAAGGCCGUAAAAAAG